AGAAAGGCGACUGGUUGCAAGGCGAAGUUGGUCGGCCAUUAGAUGUUGAGAUGGAGAAUCUGUUGGAGGAGUCGGUUAUGUGUAAGGUUCGGGCAAAACGUGGCUGUGCUACCCAUCCUCGCAGCAUUGCCGAAAGGGUGCGAAGGACACGGAUUAGUGACAGAAUACGGAAACUACAGGAACUUGUUCCCAAUAUGGACAAGCAAACGAACACUGCAGACAUGUUAGAUGAAGCCGUAGCUUACGUCAAGUAUUUACAGCAACAAAUCCAGGAACUCACUGAGGACCAGAAGAACUGCAAAUGCUCGACGAUAAACUGA